UCUUCGUGACUUUUAUCUCCCCUCUUGGUUCUCAUGCUUUCUGUUCUGCUUCACUGUGGUCAUGACUGAAGUGCGCUCUGAUUUAACAUGUAGCGGAUGAGCGUGUCUGUCGGUCUGGUGCUUGUUCUGCACACCGUUCUGUCGCUGCUCUGCUGCGUACGGUAGAAACGUUAAGUCGGUCCGUCCUCGGAUCUAGAGGUCCGGGUCGCUGUUCGCGUUCGGGAUCCAGGAUACCUGUCGCUGUCGGUAGAAGACCGUACGCUUGGAACUCGUACCCGACGAGCCUUUGUUUUUUAAAAUGGUGCCCGUGCUCCGAGUUAUAUAACUACUCUGGUUUAUUACUCGAGGCUGAGCAAACCUUGCCCUGGAUUUAGACCCAAACACGCGGCUUGAGGUCAUGUGACGAGCCGUUUUAGUAGAUGAUUGACAAAGUAUUGAUCGUGCGAGGUCAGCUGACUCGAAUUUCCAAACGGGGACGAUUCAGCAGUGUCGUUUAUCUUCGGAUGGCGCGCGUGAGGUUAUUAUAAGCGGCGAAGGUAACGCAAAAUAGAAUCGUGAUCACGUGAGGUCUGUGUGCGUGCACCGUUUUGGUGUAAGGAGGAAUGUCAGCUGCACUGCGCUGUGCAUUUCUGACUUUCACUGGUUAUCCUGCAUUCCAGGCCGACUACGCGUGUGUGUGUGUGUGUGUGUGUGUGUGUGUGUGUGUGUGUGUGUGUGUGCACAAGAGUUCAGCGCAGUCCAGUCCGGCUGUUGCAAACCGCCGAGACACAGAUGGUCGCUGGUGAUAGCACAUACCAGAGGCAUUGUUUAGGACAAGCAAGCCGGAGGAGAUAAUUGACAGCCUGAGAGAGAGAGAGAGAGAGAUAGACAGAGAGAGAGAGAGAGAGAGAGAGAGAGAGAGUCCCAUCCCAUCCCCCAGCAUAGGCUCACAGCCGCACAGUGUGUGUACACACACACAUACACAUUGUGCAGAGCACGUGCCCCCCCCUUCUCCUUUCCCUUCACCCAACCCCCUUCUUCUUGUCCAUCCUUCUUUCUCUCUCUUAUUCUCUUUCCCAUUCUCUCUCCAUGUCGCUCACCCGUUUCCCCUCCUCCAUGUCUGUGGUUCACCCUAGCAGCAGAGUCGACACCAGGCUCCGAUUGGUGGCUCGACUCUUUCGUGCAUGACGUAGUCAAGCGUGUAGGAGCGUAUGAGUGUGCUCGUGUGAGUGUGUGUGUGUGUGUGUGUGUGUGUGUGUGUAGGUGGGGAGGGGGGGUGGCAUUCACAUCGGUUAGCUAAAGAGAGACAGAAGGAAAGGGAAAAGAGAGAGAGAGAGAGAGAGAGAGAGAGUGGGAGGGGGUUGUGUGUGUAUAUCUGUGUAUUACUGUGUCUGUGUCUCUGUGGGUGUGUGUGUGUGUGUGUGUGUGAUUGCGUGCGUGCGAGAGCGCGUGUGUGUGUGUGUGCGUGUGCGUGUGUAGAGUGCAGUGCCGAUAGUGAUCACAUGGGCUUUAAAUAAAACCCUCCUGUGUGUAUGUGCUCGACUCGACCCGCAAAGGGGAGGAAGUGAGAGAGAGAGUAGAGAGACAGAGAGAGACGGAGAGAAAGAAAGAGAGAGAGAGAGAGAGAGAGAGAGAGAGAGAGAAAGAACGAGGGAAGGAGAGAGAAUGGACGAGUGAACACAGGAACAAAAAUUGAAGAAAAAAAAAAAAAAAAGAAGCACAAGAUGGCUUCCUGAAUGGACAGAAAAAGAGAGUGACAGAGGAAAAAUAAGAACGAGAGACGAGCAGAAAGACACACACACACACACACACACACACACAGAGAGGGAGAGGGAGAGAGAGAGAGAUAGUUGAGAGGCUUUUGAUGGGGAUACGACUAGCUGGUGGUGAGAAGAAAGCAGCAGCAGGACUGAGAGGGCGGACCGUUCUGACGACGGUAUAAGAGUGCACGCCUCAACCCCCAACCUGGCCACGGAGCAGAUGACAGCUUCCUGGGCUCGAAGACUGAACAGCUGCAGCCUCCAUGUUGUCGAGCAGUACGAGACUCGGGCGAAUCAGCUGCAAGACUUCGAAACUUCAGAUAUCGAAAGCACAGCUUGUUCUUUUUAGCUUUCCUGUCCUCUUUCAGGGGAGCGCAAGCUUAAAAUCGGUGUUUAAAAAAAAAAAAUGUAAACAAAAAUAAAAAAUGCUGCUGUGUUCAUCUCUGCAUCUCAUUCUCUCUCUUUCUGUCCGUUGCGGUUGCUGCUAGCGUUCAUCCCCCCCGUUCACGGUGCUCUCCUCCAUUCCAUAGUACGUGCCCAGUGCGAGUCAGAUAAUGGCCUCUCUCGCACUGCGCAAGCUGAAAAGAGGAGGGGGGGAGGAGAAACAGGAGCGAGAGCGGAGCGAGCGAGGGAGGGAGAGCAGAGCGAUAGAGUAACAAACAGAGAGAGAGAGAGAGAAAGAGAGAGGAGGGGUUUAAGACGAAGCAGACCGUGAACGUGAAAAAGGGAAUAUAGAGAAAGGGAACGAGAAGAGCAGAGGGACAUGAUGUGAGAAGGAAAAGGAGAGAGAGAGAGCGAGAGAGAGAGAGAGAGAGAGAGAGCGAUUGCAGCAGCGGCGGAGGCUGGAGGAAGAGAGAUUGAGAGAACAAGCGUGUGUGUGCAUGUGUGUGCGUGUGUGUGGGGGAGGUGUGUGUACGGGUGUGUGUGUGUGUGUCUGCGCUCGCGUGUGCGUGUGUAUGCCGCACUGAGACGGCGAGGGAAACGGGAGAACUAGAAAGGAAGAAAAGAUUCACUACCCGCUACGUUCCAUGCGUUUUGCCGUCCACUCCGCCGUCCAUUGUCUCUGCUUCUGCUCUAUCAGGACACACACACUCAUACACGCACAAUACUGUUUCAGUGGUGGGUUCAGUGGAUGGCCCCAGCAGAAGUGGCCAGAUGGAAAUUGACCAUGGAUGCCUGGAGAAAGGCGUGUUGAACCAGGAGCUGUCCAAUGGGCUGAGUCGGCAUGGAGAAGAAACAAAUGGUCUUGAAGGUGGAGCUUUGGCAAAGCUUAGCCACCAGCACCAGGAAACAUUAACAUGUCUUCCCCAGACACAGGGAUGGGGGCCGGGGAAUCAGAAAGGAGACUCUACCCCCCAGCAGCAUGAGGCAGGCUGGAGUGACCAGAACACAAGUAGCUUGGGGAACAGUGUAGACAUGGAGAAUGCUAGAACUCUGGUGGCCUUCUCAGCUAGUGCAGGUUCCCUACCCCCUUGCAGUGUUCCUCAAUCUUCUCAUAACCCUAAUACGCAGCUGUAUGAGAAAUUCAACCAAGAAAUGGCUAGUCGAGGGAAUGGGGAUAAGCAAAAAACAUGGAGUGGUGAUGAUCAGCACUGCACUUCAGAGGAUCUUAACACCCUCCAGAUGGCUUUAAAUCAAGCCCGUCAUGGUCACAAGCCACCAAACUGUGACUGUGAAGGACCUGACUGUCCUGAUUACCUUGAGUGGCUGGAGAAGAAGAUUAAAAUGGCAGGCAAUGCCCAGGAAAAGGGUUUUUGCAAGUUAUCAGGUGCUUCUCAGACAGAGCAACAACACUAUCAGUCUCAGCCACAACCUCAAUCCAAUGGUGCAAACAACUCUUGUGGAUCAGAACCACAGUCACAGAACCCUGUUAACCAGCCUCCAGUCCCAAGACCUUAUGUCCCCCUACCACCUAUUCCCUGUUCUCCUAGUGUGCUGUCCAUCGCUAAAGAGAGAAAUGUCAGCCUACAGACAGCUAUUGCCAUUGAGGCACUGACCCAACUAUCUGGCACUGGUGGGCCUGUGGGCGAUUCAACAUUUGGAAACUCCAACCACCAUGCUUCACCUCAGCCCCCCUCUCAAACUCAAGAUGGUCUGCGAUUGAUUUCUUCAUCACCUGGGUCCCUUUCGUCAUCAUCAUCUGCUUCCAGUAUACCCCAAACUAACACCUCUGGUCAUUUCCCUCAGCAGAACUCUGCUUCGUGGGAGCAACACAGGCCUGAGUCACAGGGUCCUGCUCAUCACUCCUCCCAAUACAGGUCAUCCAACUCCCCCUUUUCAACCUCACACCCAUCCACCCCUAGUCCAUCGCCCCACCAGUGGCAACAGAACACUGGAACAAGCUGUGAGAAAAGCUCUCCUAGGAAUCCAUGGAUGUUGAAUUCUGAAACUCAGGCUUGUUUUCCACACCCAUCCCAUGGCAGCAGUGACCCAAUGUCUGAACUGAAACAGCUUCUGGGAGACAGCAGUGGAAAGUACAUUAGUACUACCUUCAAGUUUCCUGCCCCACCUCAAAAUUUGAAGGACAACCACCCGGUGAUGCCUCAUGUCAAACAGGAGGUCAACAAUGGGGACUACCCAGGUGAGAUGGGUGCAGCAAUGGGCCAGUAUAGGAUGAUAAAUAGUCAGCAGCAGUUUCAAGGCCAGCAGAUUUCUCAGUCUAUUAGGUACUCAACUCAGGCAGCACUGCAACAGCACCUUCAUCAUAAACGUAACCUCUUUUCUGGUCCUCAACCUUUUGAUCUGCGAGCAUCGAUGACAUGCCAGACUCUCCGCAAAUGGUGGCCACAGUCUACACCAGAGACUGCUCUAAACAUCAAACAGGAACCCAGGGAACCCAAGAAGAAAAAGAACACACAGAGUUCUCCUCUCCUCAAACAGCCUGUGGGUGGACUGCUUGGUUCAUUGGGCCCACCUCUUCCUAAACCUAAACAGAUCGUUAUUAAAAAGCCCAAGCAAAAGGCUUCUCAGCCUACCUUUCUCCCACAGAGUCAGAUCGCAAUCCAGAAAUCAGGCGUGUCAGUGAGUAUACCAUCCCCAUCCCAACUUACCCCAUUUCUACCUGUCAUGGAGGCUGCACUUCCUCCCUGUCUACCCCCAUAUAACUCCUCUCAGGUGGUAGCAAGCCAAGCAACUCCAGCCCAAUCUCAGGAAUCAAGUUUGAACAGCAGUACUAUCCCCAUCUCUGGAAUCACCCCCCUAGCUUCUAGCCCUCUUGAUGUACCUGUGCCCCCUGCCGAGGAUGGACUGACUAGCUCAGACCCCACCACUAUAGCUGAGGGUGCCCUUGCCACCACUUCCCCAAGUCAGACGACCACAUCUCAGUCCACUCCACCUCUAUGUGGUCUCAAUUCCCUGGAUCCAAAAUUCGAGGAGCUGAUUCGUCAGUUUGAGGAAGAAUUCGGGGACACAUCUGCCCCUGUCACAGAUGCUCCAGAUCAGGGCCUUGCUCCUUGUGUUGUAACUGAGUCACACCCAAAUUCUAACUCAGGACAAGCCAGACCCCAGUCGCCAUCCAUAGAAAAAUUCAACAACCUUCCUGUCCCAACAACCGAGCCUGAACCCAGCCCGAAGCGGGCUGAGGGAGAGAAUGAGAAGUCAUCCAUGUCCUACAACCAGCUUUCUACCAUCAAACAAGAAGUUGAAGAGUGUGAAAUAGAUGCUAAGCCCUCAGAUCAGCUAUUGGCCCUGGCAACGGAGGCUUAUUUGCAGCAGCAACGUCACAAAAUCCUUGUAAACCCCUUCACCACGACCUGCUCUCCUCCAAACAAACGCAUGAAGAUUGAAUCAUCAGGUGGUGUAACUGUGCUUUCCACCACUGGAAAUUUCUCCACUGCAGGGGAGAAUCUAGAAACGCCCACAAAAGAGAGUUUUCCCUCAUCCCCUUCACUAAAAGGUUUUCUGGAGUCUCCACUACGCUACUUAGAUACCCCAACUAAGAGCCUUCUGGACACACCUGUAAAGACUGCUCAAACAGAGUUCCCCGCCUGUGAAUGUGUGGAGCACAUCAUAGAGAAAGAUGAAGGCCCAUACUACAAUCAUUUGGGAUCGGGGCCAACUGUGGCUUCAGUAAGAGAGCUCAUGGAGAACAGGUUUGGAGAGAAGGGCGAGGCUAUCCGUAUAGAGAAGGUAGUAUUCACAGGAAAAGAAGGCAAGAGUUCCCAGGGAUGUCCUAUCGCGAAAUGGGUGAUUCGACGUAGCAGCGAGAAAGAGAAGUUGUUGUGCCUGGUGCGCCAUCGGGCCGGGCACCAUUGUGCCCACGCCGUUAUCAUCGUUGUCAUCCUGUCAUGGGAGGGCAUCCCAAAGUCUCUCGGUGAUAAACUUUAUCGAGAGGUCACCGAGACGCUCACCAAAUACGGCAAUCCCACCAGCCGGCGUUGUGGCCUCAAUGAUGAUCGUACUUGUGCGUGCCAGGGAAAAGACCCCGAGACCUGUGGUGCUUCCUUCUCUUUCGGGUGUUCUUGGAGCAUGUACUUUAACGGGUGUAAAUAUGCCCGCAGCAAGACCCCCCGCAAAUUCAGACUGCAGGGAGAACACCCCAAAGAGGAGGAACUUCUCAGGGAUAACUUCCAGGAAUUGGCCACUAAAGUGGCUCCUGUAUAUAAGAAGCUGGCCCCUCAGGCAUACCAAAACCAGUGUGUAAGUGAGAAAGUAGCACCUGACUGUCGGCUGGGGCUCAAAGAAGGACGUCCCUUUUCUGGCAUCACUGCAUGCUUGGACUUCUGUGCCCAUGCCCACAAAGACCAACAUAACCUCCAUAAUGGCUGCACUGUGGUUUGCACUCUUACAAAAGAGGACAAUCGGGCAUUGGGUGUAAUCCCAGAUGACGAACAACUUCACGUGCUUCCGCUUUAUAAAAUAUCUUUGACGGACGAGUUUGGCAGUGAAGAGAACCAGCGCCUGAAGAUGCAGAACGGGGCGAUCCAGGUGCUCAGAAAUUUCCGACGGGAGGUCCGGAAGCUUCCGGAGCCAGCCAAAUCCUGCCGGCAGCGGCGGCUAGAGGCCAAGAAAGCUGCCUCUGAGAAAAAGAACAAGAAACAGCAGCUGUCGGAAACACCGGAAAAGACGAUCGAGAAAGACGGUUCUCUGCAAGGCAAUAAAGCAAUUCCAAAACAAGAGGUGAAGCCCACCAUCAAAAAAGAAUUGGUUGACCACUUUCAGGCUAUCAAUGGAGCCUUGGAUGGCUACCCACCCCGUGGGAACGCCAAAAUGUGUCCUGAUCCCUACAGUAUGAAUGGUGCAUACUCUUCCUAUCCUGGUCCCUAUGCAAGAGUUAGUCUGCCUUCCAACAGCCAAUCUUCUACACAUAGCCCCAUCAAUGGCUUCCAACCAAAACUCCAAGGGAUGCCCUACAAUUACUACAACUAUGCUCCGAAAGGUCUUUUGCCCCCUGAGGUCUUGGGUUAUAUGGGCCAUAAUGGGAUCUGUCCCAAGACUGCUGGAGACGAACAGAAACCCAGUAUCCAGAGUCUUCAGGCCAGGCUGGUUCCAAACCAUGCUGAUCACCACCGCCAACAAGGAGUCAACAUGGCCAACCACAGCUACCUACACCAGUCUGAGCUUUCUGAGUCUCCAGCACCACCUAAACGUGCUCCAUCUGCACCUCCGGAUCAGAUGCACCGUAUCACACCAAUCGUCAAGCAGGAGCCUAUGGAAGUACCUCUAUAUGACGGCAGAACUGAUGGGCAAGUCAGAAGUUGCCCCGUCACUCCCAGCGUCACCCCACAACCCGACACCUGGCCGGGGCAUACACCCAAUGGCAGCUUAGCAUCCACGGGCUGGGAUAGAACUCUCAGACCAGGUCCAACUCAUUCACCGUAUACUCCAGAAAAACAGAGGCUCCACCAGCAGCACCAUAGCCAAAUUCAGCAUUCUAAAUAUGCCCAACAGCAGCAGCAGUGGCGCUCCUACCCUGGUACUCCAGUAGCCUCCCGUGAUUCAUCUCCAGCUCCUUCCCCUCACCCAGCUACCCCGCAACACUGGGGUAGCCCUGCCCCCAGUCCACAGCCCAAGGCUUGGGGUCAACCAGGGUCCUUGGGUUAUAGGCAUGGGGGACUUAGACCGGGAACCCCUGUUGGGGCUUUCCCAGACAAGAUGUUGGCUGAGGCAGCAGAGAUCCGAGGCUCCACUCCCCUGGGCCUCCAGGAGAAGGCAUGGAAAUCUGGAGGUGCCUCUGCAGCAGGAAGCAAUCCAUCCCCUGCACCAGAAGGCCGUCUGUUUCCAGAUGCACUGCAAAAUGUGAACGGAGCAGCAUGCUGGGAUAGUGAGGUGGAAAGUGAACGAGAGCCCGAAGAGGAGGAGGUGUGGUCGGACAGUGAGCACAACUUUCUGGAUCCCAACAUUGGAGGAGUAGCAGUGGCUCCUGCGCACGGCUCCAUUCUCAUUGAAUGUGCCAGACGGGAGCUACAUGCCACAACGCCCUUGAAAAAACCAGACCGCAGUCACCCGACACGCAUCUCCCUGGUGUUCUACCAGCAUAAGAAUUUGAAUCAGCCCUGCCAUGGACUGGGACUGUGGGAAGCCAAGAUGAAACUGCUGGCUGAGAGGGCAAGGCAGAGGCAGCAGGAGGCAGCUCUUCUGGGCCUUUCACAGGAAGACAUGAAAGCUUAUGCCAAGAAACGCAAGUGGGCCGACGGAUUAGUGAGUUCCACCUCUGAGUCGACCAAGGACAAACGGGAAGCGAUGACACGGCUGGCCCCUACGCAGCACACCACCACGAUGGUCACAGUGUCGCCCUACGCCUUCACUCGGGUCACAGGGCCCUACAGUUGCUUCAUGUGACCUCACGGGCAGGAAUUGGAAGUACAGGAUGGAAGAAAGAAAAAAAUCUCACACUCUAUGGUCCUGUAUCUCUCCCUACUCUGUAUCCCAUCCCAUCGCAGACCAACCAGACAGGUGGUGGAUAAAAAGACAUUUUUUUUAAUUAUUAUUAUUAUUAUUAUUAUAAUUUUUUUUUACCUCAUGUUUUGGUGGCAGUUUGGGAGUCCCCCAAAUGAAUGCCCAUGGUGCUCUUGUUCUCUCCAAAAUGGAAGGGAUUCCAUAGUUUACCCUCCCUAAGUGAAUUUAAUGAUUCUAAUAUUAUUUCUAUUAUCAAUAUUAUGAUUGCUAUCGUUACUGUUGAUGUUAUUACAGGUAUUGUUAUUAUAUUAUAAAGAUGACUAUUUUUUAUUUUAAUUCUAUUGUUUUUCCUCAGUGUCAUUAUAAUGUGUUUAUAAUGUUUUAAGAUUUUUUUCCCCCUCCUCCUCUCUUCGUGAGGAACAAUCUUGUCUUCGUCAUUCUCACUUGUUCGAUAUGAAUGUGUGAACAAGUUGAAUGAAUCUUGCUUCUUCAAACACCCCCCCGCCCCCCGCCCCCUUUGUACCCGUCAACCUCUUCAUAAAACAGCACCUUGAUAAAACCAUCACUGCAAGCUAAACGUCUGAGACCUACACAAGACACUCUGUGACUACAGAAUGGGCCUAGCCCACUUACAAACAUUGUCCUUCUCCAGAGUGUGCAAGCGAAACAAGCCGUGAAAGAAACCCUGGCACCGAUGCUGGCCUUUCUACUUAGUUCCACGCUUAAACGCUGAGCUUUUUCCUGGUCCGAUGGUGCUUUUUUUCCUGCCUUGGUUGCCCUCAUCGUCACGGUGGCCGGCAACGGACCAAGGUGCUCUUUAACAGCAGAGAAGGUCAGCUGACCUGAUUAGAUGUCAUUGCCUGAGGCAUCCUCAUCAUCAACCACACGGUGCUGACUCAUUUCUUCAUGGUGCAGUAUCUAAUCCCUAUCCAUGAGACAGCAGUAAGUCGAUGCUCUCUCCGAGGUGCUAUUGAGGUUUAGUCCACCCUAAUGAUGCCCUAAAGACGACCUAGAGUGGGACCUGUGCUCUGCAGCACAAAUUUAGCUAUUUUAACCUGCUGGAGUCGUAGAACUCUCCUCCGAAUGUGAGAUUGUUAGCUUGACAGGCUAAAAGCUUCAGUGAAAGAGAGACCAUUCAAGUGGAUUGGUGCUACUCGCUGGUCUUUCCAUGCCUCUUUGUCUGCUUUGGCCCCGACAGCUGAUCUCCCCAUAACACCAAGAAUUUAGGUGCUUCUGUUCAUGUGUAAAUUUUGGGGAGAGCUGAAGGGCUGCAGUUGGUUUACAAAAGGCAGUAGGCUUCUUGGUGCUUACAGAUCACAGACAGCCUGGUGCUUUUGACGCUGUCCGCUAGCUCUUUACCUCAUGUUGAGACGUUGUACCCAGUCACAACAUGCUACUAAUACACGGGCUCUAGAGACCGUAGGUCUUCAGCCUACCUACAUCCGCAUACUUACCUACGUUUUUUUUUUUUUUUUUUUUUUAAUGAUUAUUAUUUAUUACAUUAUAAUGACUAUGUCGAUUAUUGUUAUUGUGCUUGCUGUAAUUGUUUUUUUUUGUUUGUUUGUUUCAUUUUAAACGAUUUGUAAAUAGAAGAAUAAGAUUUUAUAAAAGCACUUUUAAUCUUGAUUUUAAGGAGAAAAAAAAAUGACGAUAAUGGAAUAUUGACAACUUGAAUCCUAAUUUUUUUUUUUUUUAACGGAAUUUUAUUGGGAGAGAUAGAAAUGUAAAUAAUUAAAUAUUUAGGUAAGAUUUAUUUAACUGGUGAGGAAUAAAAUCAUGAACGAUUCUUUUUUUUCGGGUUUUUUAGCCGUCAGCAUGUUAAGCCCUCGAUACUAGAAGAAAGCUGGUCCUGGUCAGUACUCUUUCUCUGACACUUACGGGCCCUGCUGUGUAUCCUCUGUACUUAGUAUACUGCUGUUCUUUAAAUAUUGUUUUUUUUUUUUCUUUUUUCUUUUUAAGAAGUACUGUACUUAGACCGAUACCUCUGAACAAGCACCUAUAGCAGCUUCCUGUUUCAACACGUGGCCCAGACAGACUUGAGAACGAAACCUACAGCGAUGCAGUUGGGAGGUUUUCACACGGUAUAUCAUCACGUGACAUGAUAUCGCUAGAAUCCCGUACAACAUUCGGUCAGACAUGUGGUUUGAGCUUAAAAAAAUUCAACAACAACACCAAAAAAAAAAUCAAAUGAAUUUCAUAUUUAAAAGCCCUCGUUCAAAUGAAAGGCUGUGCAUUUUUUUUUGCACUGAUUUUCGAUAGGACAUGUGAUUUUACACCAUAGCAAGUUUCAUACGUGUAAUUUCUUCUUAAGGUGCGAAACUCUUUAGAUGGUUGUGUUUCAGGUUUGUGUUUUCUUGAAGCCACUUGAUUUCAUAUUUGACAGACGUUCGAUUUUUAACCAUGGUGCUACCUGUAGAGGUCACUGUAGAAAUGCAGAGCAUAGCAAAAAAGCUAUGUUGUUUUCAAAAAAAAAAAAUAUUUAUAUGAGCCAUUGUUUCGGGUUUAAAUGUAUAGGAAACGUCGAUGGUGCUGACUGCGUUUUCAGAUUUUCCUCAGUCAUAUUGAAUGAUGCUUACGAUGAUCAUGAUUUCAAAAGCACUCGGAUAUUUUGGCAGUUCUCUCUCUCUCUCUCUCUCUCUCUCUCUCUCUCUCUCUCUCUCUCUCUCUCUCUCUUCCCCCCCCUUAAACCUAAUCCCAAAAUGGUACUUGAAGCAGAUACUUAGAAUCAAUGAUAUUAUACAGGUAGAAAAUUUAAACUUGUACGCUAUGGAGAUGAAUAGACUGUUAACCUUUUUUUUUCUUUUUUUUUUUUUUUUUUUCUCCCCCCAUUCUCUUGAUUAUUACCCAGGCAUUCCUUCCUUCCUUCCUUCCCAUCUCACACGAACACACUCAAGAUCAAAUGCUUUUUGUCCCCAUCUUCUCAGCACUCAGCAUCAAAAUCAUGAUCAUGCCCAGUUUUACUUAUUAAAUAAUGACAACGACAACAAAAAAAAAACAAAAAACAAAUAACUGGCAGCUACAUUCCUAUUAGUUAAAAGAUUGUUAUUGGUUCUAUUGUUUCCAUGUCAAGUAUGCAGUAUGUUUUAAGAAAAAGAAGAAAAAAAAGGAAAAAAAAAAAGUUUUUCUUUUGUUUGGUCUCUCCUUGUAGCUGUUUGGUGUAUUAUGUGAAUACAUAGUGUAUGUGGUUAAAAACCCACAAUACUGUUUUAUGUUCUUUAAAAGUUAAAAAAAAAAAAAAAAAUGAAAUAAAUAAAAGUAACUUUGCCUUCUUG